CGGAGACUCGUGCAAUUUUGGCGUCGUCAGGAUGGGGCCGACGUUCAUCUCGCUUUCAAGUCUAUUCCACCUGAGGAGUACCAACCCACGUCGAUCGUGGUGUCCUGCAUCUAUAGGGACGAUGCGGACGAAUGCUUUAUUACUUCAGUCGAUCUCAUCUACCUACUCGAGAUGAUCAUUGAUUCUCCUUUCAGCAUCGAGGAAAAGAAUCGGAUCCGACGCAAUCUAGAAGGUUUCAAGCCUCAAACGGUAGUGAAGAGCAAGCCAGGAAAAGGGAUUGACUCCUUCUUCGCUCUUAUUAUGGGAUUCGGAGAACCUAAACCUCGGAAUAUUGAGAAGGACUUGAAAGUUUUUCCAUGGAAGAUCAUUCCAACCGCUCUAGAGAAAGUGAUCAAGAAAUAUGUAAGUAGCGUGGUGUUUUGUUAA